AUGGCUAGAACUAAAAGGAAGAAUAUGGGUCCUCCACAACCAAUACCUCCUCCUGUGGAACAAGUAGAAGAAGUAGACAAUUCACAUUCUUCUGAAGAGAAGCUUACGCCUUCGAGUCACCAAACUAGUGGUGCUUCUUCAACAGCCACGAAACCUAAAAAAAGAAAGGAAAUAUCAGAAGCAUGGGCGCAUUAUGAUAGAAUAGUGAUUGAAGGGCAGGACCUAAAAGCUAAGUGCAAGCAUUGUGGUGCGAAGUGCAUGGUUGAUCCAAACAAACAUGGAACGAAGAAUUUGAAGAUACACGUCAAGAAGUGCAAAGUUUUAUUGUCACAAAAAAGUCCAAUGGACAACUACACCAUAUCUCAUGAUGGUGAUACUACAAGCAAUGAAAUGAGGCUUCACAAAUUUGAUUCUAAUAUGAUUCGUGCCGCUCUCAUUGAGUGGAUUAUUUGCGAAGAGCUACUGUUCAGAAUUGUUAAAAGCAAGAAAUUCAAAGAGUUUUGUAAGGUUAUGGAGCCACGAUAUGUAGUACCGUCGCGUAUGACAGUUGCCAGACACAUCUUCAAGACUUAUAAUGCUCAGAAGGAGAAAUUAAAAGAGGCUUUAAAAGGUUCUGUUGGCCGAUUGCACAAGAGGAUCAUUAGCUUUUGUAUGGUUGAGGACCACAAGGGUGAGGGCAUUGAGAAACAACUUGAGAAGGUGACUAAAGAGUGGGGGAUAGAAAAGAUCAUGUGCAUAACUGUUGAUAAUGCUUCUGCAAAUGAAGAUACUUCGCUCAUAUUGAAUAUCAUCGUGAAAUUUGGAUUACAGAAGUGUAUUAUUUCAGUUGAAAGAAUAAAAAAUGCAGUGAAAUAUGUGAGAUUGUCUCCUAAGAGGCUUUCUAAGUUCUUGGAGUGUACGAAACAAGUUGGAGUUAUUUGUACUAAAUCUUUGUGCCUUGAUGUGGCUACAAGAUGGAACUCUAUUUAUUUGAUGUUGGAGGUUACUGUGGAGUAUGAGUUUGUGUUUGAUCGCUUACAUGAUGAAGAUUUGGGUAAUCGAAACUCUUUCCCAAAUGACAUUGUUUUUCAAGCAAUUCAAGAUCACUUGAAAAAUGCUCAAAUUGACAAUUACAAAGUGAUUUCAGAGAUAGCGGGAGAGAUGAUGGUGAAAUAUGAUCAAUAUUUUGGAAACAUUUUAAAGGUGAGUAUGUUAGUCUAUGUUGCGUUGGUGCUUGAUCCAAGGAGUAAGUUGGAUAUUUUCAAACGGUUUUUACAGCUAGCGUUUGAUGAGAAAACUAGUGACGAAUUGUAUGAGGGGACAAAAAAAUUGUUACAAGACUUAUAUAAGAAAUAUCAUUCAAUUUUAGGAGCUCCUCAAUCACAAUCAAGUGUCUCACAAGUAUCUAAAAGAAAUGAUACAAGUUCGUCGUCAUCUACAUCAAGCACGCGGGUUUCCAACGCGUGGGAUAUAGUUUGUGACCACACUGAGUGUGCCACUUCCCUUUCUAAAUAUGAGUUAGAUAAGUACUUGGUUGAUGAUCGCGAGACAUCAUUAAACGACUUUGAUUUAUUGAACUUUUGA